CGCGCGCGCAGGCCGUCACUGUGUCAGUGGUCGACGCGAGAAGUGGCCUGCAAGGACCCAACCUUUUUUCUGUGCGUGUGAUGUUUUCACUUUCGUCAUUUCGGCCAGUAUCAUUCGACGCCGCUCGCGCUCGGUCGUGCCUCGCCGUGUUGUGCUCACUGUGGAUUGUUUGUUUGUAUAGUGAUGGCUGUGCUGUGUUAAUAUGUUCGAUAGUAAUAUACUGCUGAAUUUCUACAAUGAGCUUGCGAGUCGUAGCCUGCAGUUUGCAAGUGCUGGAAUGAUGGGUGAGGGUCUACUAACACUGACCUACGGCAAACACCACGCCUGCAUCCUGAACGAGGUGGGCGCGGCGUGGAGGGGAGCCAGGUACUCAGACUUGGUGCUGGUCUGCGAUGAUGCCGUCCCGCUGGCUGCACACAGAAUCGUUAUGGCUGCGGCUAGUCCGUUAAUUCGUAAAAUCCUCGAUGACACACCAACAAUAGAGAACCCCGUCACUAUUCACAUGUCAGGCAUCAACAGCACUCUCAUGAAACAUCUCCUCGUAUUCCUAUACAGUGGACAAGCGUAUAUUGAGUCUGGGGAGAUAGAUGAUAUGCAAGAAUUGUUUGAGCUGCUGGAAAUCAAAUCAGACGUAUGGAAAUCAACAAAGGAACGCCGGCAAGCUGAAGAAAUAAACAGAUCGUGUGACAGAUUAAAAGGCAAAAAUCUCAAAACAGACAUAAACAGUAAUGAAAGCAGUAAACAUGAUGCACCAUCAGGAUCAUCACAUUCAGAAAGUGAAAGGGUCACACCUGGUGCCAGUUACAGUAAAGAUAAAGAACGUAAUGAUUCAGAAUCGUUAAGUAUAAAGAAGGAAAGUAUGUCUACGAGUAGUAAUGAUGAAAGAGAAGAAGAUGACCAGGAUUCAGAAAAAAGGGACGAAAGUGGGAGAGUAAAGUCACGCAGACGGAGUUCAUCUAACCCUGUUAAUUUAUCAGUUACUAGAACUUCAGAAAACAAUAGCAGUGAACAUGACGAUUCGCAAGAUAUUGUGGUCGAACCAGUACCAGCAAAGAAUAUUGACAGACGACGGUCAACAUCAUCAAGUCAAGACGAUCCACCACAAGAAACCGUGUACAGAAGACAACUGCUAAACGACCGGCUGGGCAGAGGAAUUGAAAGAGCCAAGAGAAAGUCACAUUAUUUAGAACCGCCAGAAUUGGAUUUACGAACUGUUAAAUUAGAAGACUAUGGAGGUCUCAAACCACCUGAUAGUGAGUUUAUGGCUCUUGUCCAGACGUCUCCAGAAAAUUACGUAGUAACUCCACACAGAAAACGACGACCAGGUUUUCAUAAUUCACCGUCACAAAAUCCACCUUUUGUAGCAUUCCCGCCUAGUUACCUAGAAGAAAUGGCACAUUUGCGAUACGCGCAAGCACCAGGAGUAGCGGCCAGUGCAGUUGCCAGGCUGGGUGCUCUACACCAACUCAGUGCAUCUGCACCUCCGUAUCUGCCGGAAAGAAGCACCACCCCGCCUAUAGCUGGACACGAUGAUGCACUCAAGUACCGACCACCGAGCGCUGGAUCAUGGGGACCUUGGCUUUGUCAACCGCAAAUGGGAGGAGAUGAUACCCCAACAACGGAACACGAACAAGGAUCGAGUAAACAGGCCCCAGUCCGAGAAUACCGUUGCGAGUACUGUGGAAAACAAUUUGGAAUGUCAUGGAAUCUCAAAACGCACCUUCGAGUUCAUACAGGAGAAAAACCUUUCGCGUGUCGUCUUUGCGUCGCUAUGUUCAAACAAAAGGCACAUUUGCUAAAGCAUCUAUGUUCUGUGCAUCGAAACGUUAUAUCGUCCAGCGAAAAUGACGGCAGGACCAACACGCCAGGAAGAUUCAACUGCUGUUUCUGUCAGCUAACGUUUGAAGCGUUACCGGAAUUAAUAAGACAUCUCUCUGGACCGCACAACAGCCUCUUACUCAGUAAAAACUUACAUGAUUGACAACCAUUGUCAUGACGCGGGUAGAUGCGUCCCCUUGGACUUUGGAAAUUCUUUCGACCGAUCGGUCGAGUUCAAUUGUGAUAUGUGUUAAAAUAUAAUAACUAGAAUAAGUAUUUAGGAUAAGUGUCACACUAUCGCGGAGCGAUACUCAUAGCGAAUCAUUUGCAGAGCAUGUUAAUGCGAUUGUGAAUAUAAUUUAUAAUUACAAUCACUUUGCCGAUGGGUCCAAAACGUUAUAAUUUGUUUAAAAAUUAUAGUUAGGGACCAAAACCUUCCGACAUAGUAUUUAUUUAAAAGAUGUAUUUCAUAGCAUAAAUAUUAUUUAAAUGCCACCGACACAUUAAAACUUAAGCAUAGAAAAUAGAUGUGUUUGUCGAAGAAAAGUUGCGAAGAAGGUACAGAUUAAUUAGUAAAAGCGUCACGCAAGCUACCUCCUAAUUAAAAUCAGUGUUUCGUCAAUACAGACGACGCGGUUUUCUUUUAUUGACCAUUUUAUAAAUAGUAAUUAGACCAACUUUAUCAAAAUAUUUGAGGUCAAUCGUCUCUAGUCAGAAUUGGAUUUUAGCACAAAUCAUUGCGUUGUUCAUUCACUGUGAAUGAUAUUUUUAUUAUUUUUUAUAAAUUUUUAUAUUGAUAUACUACAAACAUGUCUAGUGCUUUCAAUAAGGUUUUUUUAUAUGCC